AUGAAACAUAUUGGAAUUGUUGAUAUUACAACAGCUGGAGCAUGUUUAUGUGCAAAUGAAAUUGUUGCACAAGCAGCAAAAAUUACUUUAUCAAAAAAACAUCCGGAAUUUACAAUGCAUGCAUUUUCAUACGAUCAAUAUUAUGAUUUGAUUCAUCGAAAAGAUUGGAUUAAUUUAGCCAAAAAAAUAUGCGAAUCAAUUGAAUUACUUUCGAAAGUUGGUGCUGAUUUUAUUAUUAUUCCAUCAAAUACACCUCAUUAUGCAAUAGAACCCAAGCAGUCAAGNCUCGUUGCUUGCACAGACCGGGAAGCGAUUCAAGUCAUAACGAAUGAUCAUCGUGGAAAAUAUAUGCAAUCCAGUCCAUACUUUGAGUUUACCUAUGGUCAAAAAAUUGAUAGCAACAAACAGAUUGUUUUUACUUUGGCAGAUGGAACCACUCAUAAAGUUUACUUGCGUGAUUGUGAAAAUCAGUAUAACCAGCAACUUUGGCGUUAA